GAUCUCCAAGUUCUAUAUAACAAAAAGCAACCUACAAGUAGUGCCCCAAGCAAAAACAACAAGAAGCAACACCUACCUUACCUUAGCCAGCCACUACGCUCUGACAAUAAUAAUAACAGUGAAACUUUAACAGAAGGUGAAAAAUAUCUUUAUGAAAAGUUAUCUAAAAAAUUUCAGCCUACGAAAUUACAUGUUCAGGACAUCUCUGGCGGUUGUGGUUCAAUGUAUGCAAUAGAAAUUUCUUCUUUGCAGUUUAAUGGCUUACCAAUAAUAAAACAACAUCGAAUGAUAAACGAAUUAUUGGAGGAUGAUAUUAAAAAAAUGCACGGAAUAAGAGACGGACAAAUUGUAGCAUUUAAUGACAAAUACCCAGCGGCAAAUCAUCAUAUUCUAGUAAUCCCGAAACGUCAUAUUAAAAAUAUUAAUGGAUUUACAAAAGAAGAUGUGGAGAUGGGAUUCGGUUCGCCACCAUUCAAUUCAGUUUUACAUGUUCAUAUGCAUGUUCUAUCAAAACCUGUAACAUGUAGCUGGCCAAGGUCUAUGGCAUUUGGAAAUUGGAUUUUUAGAAAUGUUGAUGAAGUUAUCGCGAAAUUAUCAAAUUAA